AUGGCUCCUACAAUGACUAUUUUCUGUCUCAUUUUCCUUCUGUCAACAACUGUUGAUCUUCAUCCAGUUGGUGCAUGGCGGCCUACACUGAUGGAAAUAGACAGGUUCUGCUUAGCGUAUAUAGUUCAUGUCAUGAAUGGACUGAGCAACAAUAAUCAUCCGUUACUCCUCCAGUGCCAUUCAAGAGAUGAUGAUCUUGGUAACCACACACUGUACAUUGGAGGAGAUUUCCAUUUUGGGUUCGGUAUUAAGAUAUUUGGAAAGCAUACUUUGUUCAAUUGUGGUAUGGAAUGGGGAAACAAGCAUCAUAACUUUGAUGUUUUUAAUCAGGAUGUUCAUGCAUCUAUUUGCUGUACUCAUCAUGGUAGAAGCUGCUUUUGGCGAGCACAGGAUGAUGGGAUCUACUUUAGCACAGAUAAUGAGGAAUGGGCUAAGACAUUUCCUUGGAUUGAAUGA